UAGUCGAUUUGCCUCCUCCCGUCUUAUUGGGUAAAUCAAUAGUCAAAUACUCCAAGCUUCUGUUGUUCCCAAAUGAGAAAUCCCAACACCAAAAGCGAAGAAACAUCCCACUGUGAGGCAAGACCAGGAGGGAUGCUGGUCCAGCGGAGAGACACCAUGAAAGCGACGACGCUAUUUAUCAAAACCACGAUCAUGGACCUGCGUCGGCAUCCUCUGGCGGGCCCACUCAUGGCCCGGGCCAGCACCAGCUCCAUGCCCCUGUCCCCGCCCAUUCUGCUUUAGCAAACAAUGAUAAUAAGGUUGAAGAGAUGAAGGAAAGUGAAGAAAUGUCGAAGGCCUUUGAGGCGGUUGCUGGAGUCAGAAAAGAAGUCGACAAGCUGUCCGAAAGAGUUGCUGCUUUAGAAGUGGUCGUGAACAGUGGGACAAAGGUUGCAAAUGAGGAAUUUGAUGUAUCGGCAGAGCUACUCAUGAGGGAGCUGUUGAAAUUGGACGGGAUCGAGGCUGAGGGAGAAGCGAAGUUACAGAGGAAGGCCGAGGUACGGCGUGUCCAAAACUUCCACGACACGCUCGACAAAUUAAAGACGAGAAAUUCAAAUCCUUUUAUCGACAAACAUAAUGCCGUAAAAGUCGCAACAAAUUGGGAGACUUUCGACUCCGGGAUGGGAAGCUUGACUGCCCCUCCGCCUACGUCGUCUUCAACAAAUGUAACACGGGAUUGGGAACGGUUUGAUGAUUAGUUCAUAUUUGCACUAGAUGGAGACAUUGACUGCCUCUCUAUCCACGUCCUCUUGGAUUUGAUUAGUUAAUAUUUGCCUAAAUUCUUGUGGAACAUGAUAUAUUAGGUUUCUUUGUAAUAGUUUUGGUGCUACAUUUAUUUUUUUCAAGGCCAAGCGGAAUUAUCUUCUGCUUGAAAGACGUCUUGAUUAUUA